AUGGUAUUGACUUAUAACCAGUACUGGGAAGAGCUGGCCAAGUAUAACCCCAUUCUGACUGAAACUCCCAUUGAGAACCCAGCGACCCAAGAGCAUGAGAGGAACAACAAGAUCCUCGACAUAUACAAGAAGUUGAAUCCCGAUUUCGCACAUGAGAUCAAGGGUGAUCACCUAGUGGACGAUAAAGGCAAAUACAACAUUUACAACAGGUGGAAUGGUCACACCAAUACUGGUACCAUUGCCCACCUCAUCCAAAUCAACAACAGUCUCAGUGCCGAGAUUGAUAUCGCUGCUCAAGCCACUGUUACCCGAACCGACUUGGUGUACGGCGAGCCUAUUACCAGUAUGAUUACUCUUUGCGGAGAUGGAUCUGCCUACGGUAAUCCGGGCAGAAAUUCUGACCCGACGAUUGGUGCCGCAGUCAACGAAGUUUGUCGUCUUGCUCGCGAUAAAGUGUGUCCUAUCCCCGUCACAAUAUCUGUUAAAGAUCCUGUCGCUCUGUACAUGUACGACGCAGAUUUCUCGUCCUUCCUAUUAGAUCGCACUGGCAAGCGAAGAGGGAACAUUCAAAAUAUGGUCCCAGUUCCCGAAGGCGUCUUUGACUGGUGUGAUCGUGGUGAUAUUGCCAAGAACAUGGGCCUUCAUCUCCGCGUAUCUAUCCCCAAAGGCCACAAGACUGAUGAUAAUAGCCGCGACCUUAACCUGAGCGAUCUUUUUGAUCAGAAUAACGGCGGUCGCUACGUGCACUAUGGGAGCCAAUUUGCCGAUUACAUCUUCAUGAGCGUUUCUGGCAUUGUUGGUCCAAAGCCUCCACAGCCUCAGGAUGCUCUAGAAGCGUGGCCCGGAAAACCUCAGCCUGCACUUACUUACACUGAGCCGUACCUACAGAAACCUUUUGUUGAGCCCAAGGUUUUGGGAACCCCUGAUGUCCACAAGAUGGGAGAAGUCAAUGCAGUUGUCACAACUUUUGAUCGCAAGGCGAUGCAUCUGAGGGUAGAAGCAAAGGAAGGACCGUCAGACUACAUGGGUAUGCCAGAGCCUGGUCCUCCUAACGGGCCGGAUUACCAAUCCAUCACUCCGAAGGUCAUCUAUUGA